CAUAACGUCACCGCCAUGGUUGGCGCUGGCGUACUCAGUCUUCCAUACGCCAUGUCUGAAUUAGGAUGGGGCCCUGGUGUGGCUAUCUUAGUGCUUUCAUGGGUAAUAACCCUCUACACGCUAUGGCAAAUGGUUGAGAUGCACGAGAUGGUGCCAGGGAAGAGAUUCGACAGAUACCACGAACUGGGUCAGCAUGCGUUUGGUGAAAAACUGGGGCUUUGGAUCGUUGUGCCCCAACAGCUGAUCGUGGAGGUCGGCGUCAACAUCGUCUACAUGGUCACCGGUGGAAAAUCCUUGAAGAAAUUCCAUGACACUAUCAGCCCUCACUCCAAAGUUCACAUGACCACCACUGAAUUCAUUGCAAUCUUUGCUUGUGCUCACUUGGUUCUCUCCCAUCUCCCUAACUUCAACUCCAUCACCGUUGUCUCCUUCGCUGCAGCUGUCAUGUCCUUAAGUUACUCGACGAUUGCAUGGACAAGCUCACUACACAAAGGAGUAAAACCAGACGUGGAUUACAGCCUGACAGGAUCAAACCUAGGCGUUAAAACCUUCAACUUCUUCUCGGCACUGGGAGAUGUGGCCUUUGCUUAUGCCGGUCACAACGUGGUGCUUGAGAUCCAAGCCACAAUCCCUUCCACACCAGAAAAUCCUUCCAAAAAACCCAUGUGGAGAGGAGUGGUUGUAGCUUACAUAGUGGUAGCUCUCUGUUACUUCCCAGUUGCUUUGGUGGGUUACUAUGUCUUUGGUAACUCUGUCGAUGAUAACGUUCUCAUCACUCUUGAGAAACCAGCUUGGCUUAUUGCAGCAGCCAACAUGUUUGUAGUUAUACAUGUCAUUGGAAGCUAUCAGAUAUAUGCAAUGCCAGUGUUUGAUAUGAUCGAAACCUUGUUGGUGAAGAAGAUGAACUUCACACCUAGUUUCAGGCUUCGAUUUGUUACUCGCACCUCCUAUGUUUUACUGACCAUGGUGAUAGCUAUGGCUAUUCCUUUCUUUGGUGGCCUCCUUGGAUUUUUUGGAGGAUUUGUUUUUGCCCCAACAACAUACUUUCUUCCCUGCGUUAUGUGGCUUGCCAUCUACAAACCCAGAAAGUACAGCUUAUCUUGGAUUGCAAAUUGGGUUUGCAUCGUAUUGGGAGUAGCUUUGAUGGUUUUAGCACCCAUUGGAGCUCUAAGGACGAUCAUUAUGUCGGCCAAGACCUACAAAUUCUUCGGUUGAAGUCAUAAUUUUAUAUUUGAGAAGUGGACUUAAUUACUAUGAUAUUAUUAUUUUUUAGUAGUUUAGAACUUAGAUCCUACCAAUUAUUUUUUUUUCUCUUUUCUUUGAAUUUAUAUUUUAUAUUAUAUAGAUUAUUUAGUUGGACAUCAAUUUAUUUAUUUUUAAACUUUUUUCUUACUAAUAAUUUUGAAAAUAUUGUUUAUUAAUA